AUGGAAAAUGAUUCACAAAAAUCACCAUUACAAACGAUGACAACUACCACUACAACAACAUCAUCAUCAACCACAACAACAACAAUAAUACCAACAACAAUAUUUGAUAUAAAAUGUUUUGAACAUAGUGAUAGUGAAAUUUGUAGUUUUUGUGAAGAUUGUAAAAUUCCUGUAUGUUUAGUUUGUAUCUGUAGUAUUGGACAUAAAGGUCACUCAUUUUCAUUAAUUUCAAAAUCAAUGAUACAAAAUACAUUAAAAGAUUUAAAUGAAACUUAUAACAAAUCUCAAAGAUUUAAAGAAAAAAGUAAAAAAAAAAUACAAAUUGUUGAACAACAAUUCCAAAAAAUUAAAUUAAAUCAUCAAAGUAAUAUGAAUCAAUUAUCGGAUAAAUUCAAACAGUUACAUCAAAUUUUACAAAUUUUAGAGCUUGAUAUUAAAAGAACUUUAGAAACCCUAUUUACAGAUAAUGAAGAACUAUAUUUAAAAACCAAAUCUUUAUUAGAUAAUAAAGUUCAAUUAAUCAAUUCACUCAUUACCAAACAUUCAACCACUCAAUCACCUCCAACAAUACCACCAAUCUUUAAAAUAACAGACUACUCAAUCGAUCAAAUUUAUAAUCAAUCAAAUAAACAACAUUUAUCAAUACUUAAAGAUAAUUAUCAACUUUUAAAUAUUAUUAAAGAUAAAAAUAAUAAUGAACCUUUUAAAGAAACUACCCUCUCAUUUAAAAAUGAUAUUAUUGAUAAUAUAAAAUCAACUUUAAAAACAAUUUAUUCAAUAAAUCAAAAUGUAUUAAUUAAUAGUAAUAAUAAUAAUGAUAAUGAUAAUGAUGAAGAUACUGAUGAUGAAGAAAAUGAAGAAAAUAAAGAAGAAAAUAAAGAAGAAAAUAAAGAAGAAAAUGAAAAUAUUUCAAGUAAAGAUAUUAAACCAUUUAAUAAUUUUUCAAAUGAAUUAUUAUCAGCAAAUUUAAAUAAUAAAAAUACAAAAUGUACAAAUAAUAAUAGUAUUAGUAAUAAUAAUAAUAAUAAUAAUAAUAAUAAUAAUAAUAAUAAUAAUAAUAAUAAUAGUAAUAAUAGUAAUAGUUUAAAUAUAUUACCACAACCAAUACCGAUAUCAUCCUCUUCUAAUUCAAAUAUUUCAUUAACAAAUCAUCAGGAGAAUAAUAAACUUUAUCAAUUUAAAAUUCAUUUUAGAGAAGUUUAUAAUUUACCAAUUAGAAUUGAAGCAUUUUUAAUUUCAAGUCAAACAUUAUCACCAAUUAAGGAUAAUUUGGAGAUUAUGGUUAUAGUUUCACCAAAAGAUAUUCAAAAUAAUGUUGUAAAAGGUACGAAAAUUAUAUUUACAAAUAAAUUUUAUGGUUCUCAAUCAAUUGAAAUACCUAAUACACUAAGUCUUCAUCCAUCAAUUACAAAUACUUCAACAAUGACUACAACAACAACAACAUCAUCAUCAUCAUCAUCAAUAACAUCAGCAGCAGCAGCAGCAAUCAUUGCAUCAACAACUUCAACAACAGGUACAUAUUAUAAACAAUUAAUAACUUUUAAUGAAUUUCAACGAAAUUUAGGUUGUUCAUUUCAGCCAAUGUUUAAUAUAAAUGUACAAUUUACUUUGGAUAUUGGUGUUAAUUAUUUCAGUAAUAUGUAUCCAAAUAUCAGUUGGUAUUUAGGUGAUUUAAAACCAAAUAAACGUUUAACCAUUGGUUUGGAAGGUUGUGCUUCUUCAGGUAAAACUUCUUUAAUUAUGGGUUUAAUUAAUCUUUUCAAUUUAUCUUCUACAAUUCAACAAAAUUUCUCUGAAGAACAUGGUGGUAGCACUUAUUUCUCAACUAAUCGUAUCACUUAUAGAUCAAUUAAAAGUAUUAUCGAUUCAAAUUAUUCAAAUGAUCCAUUUUCAAAUUCAUUUUUAAGUGGUUUUGAUAUUUCAUUCGUAGAUACUUGGGGAUUAUGUGAUAGUGAUAUAGAAUUAAAAUAUAAAGUUCAGGGUAGAGUUUAUAAUAAUUUAGCAAUUAAUGAAAAAUUUAAUAUUGGCAGUAUUCCUAAACCAGAAUUUUCAGUUAAUGUAUUCUUAUUUGUUGUAUCAAUAAAAAGUUUCACCAGUGUUGAAACAAUGAGAAAAAUGGAAAAAAGAAUGAAAGAAUCAAUUGCUUUGGGUAUUGUUCCCAUUUUAGCUAUCACUUUUUCUGAUCAAGUUUCAACAUCCGAAUAUGCAGGUUUAGUCACUUCUAAUUAUGAAUUACCUGUUCAACCAUGUAAUGUUUUUAAAAUAAUGAAUUAUCAUGAUUUAGAAAUAAGAAAAGAUUUAGAAAAAGAUUUACAAUAUUUAAGAUUAAUAAAUAGAUUGGUUCAAAUAUCUAAAUGGAAGUGA